UAUAUAAAGUUAAAGAAGAAAAAUGGAGUGGGGUAGAUAACGUAGGGACCAUUAUUGCAACUCAGCCAAAGAAGAGUGAAAGAUAGAGGCGGUUCUCACGGAAGCAGAGGGAUGGAGUUAACCUGCAUCGGCGGCCUGAACUCAGAUCUGUAUAUCAACAAGCACCAUCGCUAUGGGAUCGCCGGAUUCUGGUUACGCUUCAUCGAAUGAAGGCGGUGCUCCGGCGAAUUCUCCGCCGCACAAGCCAGAUCUACAACCUUCUUCUGACCCCAUAGAGACUACAUAUCUGAGGUUUCUUGCAUCAAAUGCUGAAGCUGGUUCAGUCAUUGGGAAGGGUGGAACGACAAUUUCUGAUUUCCAGUCACGGUCUAAUGCACGAAUCCAGCUGUCGCGCAACUAUGAGUAUUUUCCAGGAACAUCUGAUAGGGUUAUUAUGGUGUCUGGAACAGUUGAGGAAGUUCUCGAGGCUGUUGAACUUAUCCUAACUAAGUUGGUUAAUGAGUUUUAUGCUGAAGAUGGUGAAGAGGCUGAACCAAGAUCAAAAGUUCGACUAAUAGUACCCAAUAGCUCUUGUGGUGGACUCAUUGGUAAGGGUGGAUCCAUGAUAAGGUCCUUCAUUGAAGAAUCUGGAGCUAACAUCAAGAUCUCUGCUCAGGAUAACACCUAUAUUGGAUUAAAUGAUAGGUUGGUAACAAUAAUUGGUACCCUACCACAGUUGGGCCAAGCCAUUAGUCUGAUUCUACAGAAGUUGUCUGAUGAUGGGUACUAUGUACAGUCCAUUGGCCCCACAUUUCCGUAUGCUGCGCCUUACAACGUCCCUAAUUAUGGACCACCUGGGGUCGGUGGAAAGUUUCAAAACAACCGCUUUCAGAACAAUAAGGAAGAUAUGAGUAACCCGGUGACGCUAGGUGUUGCAGAUGAGCAUAUAGGGCUUGUUGUGGGCCGUGGUGGUAGGAAUAUCAUGGAAAUCAGUCAGAUUAGUGGAGCUAGGAUCAAGAUUUCUGAAAGAGGUGAUUUCAUACCUGGGACAUAUGAUAGGAAAGUAACAAUCACGGGUUCCCAAAGGGCAAUCCGUGUAGCAGAGGCGAUGAUAAUGCACAAGGUUUCUUCAGCUUCGGCUCCACCUCCAGAUGUAACUCCCGAUCAACUUCCUGUCGAGAAUCUGUCAAUCAAUUAAAAACUGAGAUAACUGGUUGCAACAUUUCGUCUAGUAUUUUUAUUUUGUUUUCAUUUUAAAUUCCUAUAUCAUAUGUAAUGGAGUAGAAAGACAGAGUGAAGCGGAAUCAACAUACGAGCGGGCCAUCUUAUAAAAAAAGCACACAAGAAGAAACAUAGAUUUUUGCAAGAGGCUGUUGUAGAAGGUUUAAAAUUGUUGGAGCUAUUAUGUUAUGUUAUAAUUGGAUAUUUAUACUCGAUUAGCAUGUUCGUUAAAUCAUUCCUUUUUCUUUUA